CUGGCCCGACUGUCCAAGGGGACGCGCGCGAGAGCCGACGAUGGGCCCCGCGGCGGGGCUGGCGGCGCUGCUGGCGGUGCUGGCGCUCCGGGCAGGGGACCCGGCAGGGGCCGCGGCGCGGGGGGACACGUUCUCGGCGCUGACCAGCGUGGCGCGCGCCCUGGCGCCCGAGCGCCGGCUGCUGGGGCUGCUGCGGCGCUACCUGCGCGGGGAGGAGGCGCGGCUGCGCGACCUGACCAGAUUCUAUGACAAGGUGCUUUCUUUGCACGAGGAUUCCGCAACCCCUGUGUCUAACCCUCUGCUUGCAUUUACUCUCAUCAAACGCCUACAGUCUGACUGGAGGAAUGUAGUACAUAGUCUGGAGGCCAGUGAGAACAUCCGAGCUCUGAAGGAUGGUUAUGAGAAGGUGGAGCAGGACCUGCCAGCCUUUGAGGACGUUGAGGGAGCAGCAAGGGCCCUGAUGCGGCUGCAGGAUGUGUACAUGCUCAACGUGAAGGGCCUGGCCCGGGGCGUCUUCCAGAGAGUCGUUGGCUCCGCCGUCACUGACCUGUACAGCCCCAGACGGCUCUUCUCCCUCACAGCAGAUGACUGCUUCCAAGUUGGCAAGGUGGCCUAUGACAUGGGGGAUUACUACCAUGCCAUUCCAUGGCUGGAGGAGGCUGUCAGUCUCUUCCGAGGAUCUUAUGGAGAAUGGAAGACAGAGGAUGAGGCAAGUCUAGAGGAUGCCUUGGAUCACUUGGCCUUUGCCUACUUCCAGGCCGGCAAUGUUUCGUGCGCCCUCAGCCUCUCCCGAGAGUUUCUCCUCUACAGCCCAGAUAAUAAGAGGAUGGCCAGGAAUGUGUUGAAAUACGAAAAGCUUUUGGCAGAGAGCCCCAACCAGGUGGUAGCUGAGGCUGUUAUCCAGAGGCCCAACGUACCCCACUUGCAGACCAGAGACACCUACGAGGGGUUAUGUCAGACCCUGGGAUCCCAGCCUACUCACUACCAGAUCCCUAGCCUCUACUGUUCAUAUGAGACAAAUUCGAGCCCCUACCUGCAGCUCCAGCCCGUCCGGAAGGAGGUCAUCCACCUGGAGCCCUAUGUUGUUCUCUACCAUGACUUUGUCAGUGACGUGGAGGCUCAGAAAAUUAGAGGGCUUGCAGAACCGUGGCUACAGAGGUCCGUGGUGGCAUCAGGGGAGAAGCAGUUGCCGGUGGAGUACCGAAUCAGCAAAAGUGCCUGGCUGAAGGACACUGUCGAUCCCCUGCUGGUGACCCUUGACCAUCGCAUUGGUGCCCUCACAGGCCUUGAUGUCCAGCCUCCCUACGCAGAGUAUCUCCAGGUGGUGAAUUAUGGAAUUGGCGGUCACUAUGAGCCUCACUUUGACCAUGCUACGGUGCCAAGGAAAUUCAAUGAGGAAAAGAUACCCUUUCCAACAAAUGGUGCUGGGACAACUGGAUAUCUACUUGCAAAAUAACAACAACAACAACAACUUUAGACCCUUACCUCAUACCAUAUACAAAAAUUAACAAAGCACAAUCCAUAAAAGAAAAAUAAAAAUGAUAAAUUGGCCCUCAUCAAAAUUAAAAUCAUUUGCUUUUCAAAAACACCAUUAGGAAAUGAAAAGACAAGCCAUUAACUAGGAGAAAACAUUUACAAAUUCUGUAUCUGACAAAGGACUUGUAUCCAAAAUAUAUAAAUAACUUAUAAUUCAAUAAUAAGAUAAUUCAGGGGCACCUGGGUGGCUCAGUCGGUUAAGCGUCUGACUUUGGCUCAGGUCAUGAUCUCAGAGUCCUGAGAUUGAGCCCUGCUUUGUCGGGUUCCGUGCUCAGCAGGGAAUCUGCUUCUCCCUCUCACUCUGCCCCUACCCCCAUGCUCUCUCUCUGUCUCUCUCUCAAAUAAGUAAAUAAAUAAAUAAAAUCUUUAAAAAAAAUAAGACAAUUCAAUUUUUUCUUUUAUCUAUCUAUCUAUCUAUCUAUCUAUCUAAGUAGGCCCUAUGACCAGUGUGGGACUUAAACUCCCAAACCUGAAAUUAAGAGUUGCGUGCUUUAUCUACUGAGCCAGCCAGGCAUCCCAUAACUCAAUUUUUUAAAAAUGGGCUUAUUUGAAUUAAUAUUUUGAAUAAUGAAAUAAGAUAAAUGAAUGGCUAAUAAGCCCAUGAAAACAUACUCAAUGUCAUUAGGGAACUAGAAAUUAAAACCACAAUGAGACAGCACCAUAUUUCUAUUACGGUGGCUAAAAUUAAAAAAGACAGAUCAUAUCAAGUGUUGAUGGAGAUGUGGAGGAACUCGAACUUUCAUACAUUGCUGA